AAGAUGUAAAAACUUCCUAGAAUAAUGAAAGCAUAUGGGCUACACUAUAGUACAUGAAGCAGAGAACCAAAGCUGCUCUGACUGCCAGUUCUCUUCCAUAUGAUGAGAACAGAGAAACUGCUUCCACAUAUCAGACAAAAGGCCUGUCAAAGCAAAGGGUCUGCAGAGGCAGCUAUUCUGUCUCAAACAGGGCCAGCCCUAAGCAGGAGCACAGGGUAUAACAAAAAUAGGAUGAGCAUGUACUGUACUACAGAAUAAUUUCUCUUUCUGGUGCUUAAUCCUUAAGUCUUACCUCUCUCUUUUCCCAGGGCUGCCUGAUAUCAGUGUAGAGCAAGUGAGGUCCUUCUGUUGAAGAUAAGUGCUCAACAUUGAGUCAAACCAGUGUCAAAGGUAGUGCUGCCAAAGAGGUCAGGAAGUAUUUUUGUGUCCUGAAACUGAAACAAGGAAGAAUCUACAUGGCUGCUCUUCCAAACUGAGAACAGUCUAGCUGGGGGACUUGGAGGAAUUUUGGAGAUACAAGGCCAAAUCCCAGUACAUAUAUGAGAAAAGAAGCACAGUGGUGGAGGAGAAAGAGGCAUUUUCCCAGUUCAGCAAUCUAGGGUGAUACGAGUGGAGGAACAUCACCUUGCAGUGUAACCUGGUCUGAUCUGGAAGGACAGGAAAUCCACAGAGAGGAUCACUGCUGCUUUGUAUUGCAGUUCUGCAACUGGCAAUAAUUGCACUGCCUUUUCUUCUGGCAGCAAGAGACUUGACAGCAUAGGUGUCAAAUGUGUUAGGUGCUGGUGCCUUGUUUUAAUGACUACUGUUAGCACAGGAGUUUGGUGCCCUAAAGUAACAUGGGCACUUACUUGCUUUUGGAAGCUCUUGAGCUUUUUCUCUCCCUCAAGUCUGAUGUUAAUGUGUCAUAUAUUCAUGACAUACAUUACUGCGAGCCUUCUGAAAGAUUGUUUAAAAAUGGGAAUGGGUUAGCACAGAGGCAGCUCCUCUUAGAGAUACAACUAUCGUGCACAUCAAAAGAGCACAGAUGAGAAUAUACGAGAGACUGUAAAAGCCCUCAGCUGGGAGGAGUUAGAUAAUAAUCUGCCUACGUUAAACCUUUUCCAGAAUGCAUGAGUCUGAGAGAUAAAGGGAGCUAUAAAGGGUGAAGCAGCGAGCAGGGCACCAGACCAACUGCCCGCAAGUACCUGAAAGGUCGUAGCCCAGGCUUGAAGAGGUGCUUUUAGAAGGAAUCGGUAUGGACCCUGAAGAGUACAGACGGAGAGGGAAAGAGAUGGUGGAUUACAUUUGCCAGUACCUGAGCAAUGUGAGAGAGAGACGGGUGACUCCUGAUGUGCAGCCAGGUUACAUGAGAGCCCAUUUGCCGGAUUCUGCCCCAAUGGACCCAGACAGCUGGGACAACAUCUUUGGAGACAUAGAGAAGGUUAUUAUGCCCGGGGUAGUCCAUUGGCAAAGUCCACACAUGCAUGCCUACUUUCCAGCUCUUACUUCCUGGCCUUCGCUCCUUGGAGAUAUGUUAGCUGAUGCAAUUAACUGCUUGGGAUUCACAUGGGCCUCCAGUCCAGCCUGUACAGAACUGGAAAUGAAUGUGAUGGAUUGGUUGGCUAAAAUGUUGGGCCUUCCGGAUAAAUUCCUGCACCACCAUCCUGACAGUGUGGGUGGAGGAGUGUUACAGAGCACUGUGAGUGAAUCAACCUUGGUUGCACUGCUAGCAGCAAGGAAAAACAGAAUUCUGGAGAUGAAGGUUUCUGAGCCAGACACUGAUGAGUCCUCACUCAAUUCUCGCCUCAUCGCUUAUGCGUCUGAUCAAGCACAUUCUUCUGUAGAAAAGGCUGGCUUGAUUUCUCUUGUGAAGAUGAAAUUUCUACCUGUGGAUGAGAACUUUUCCCUCAGAGGUGAAACUUUGAAGAAAGCCAUUGCAGAAGACAGAAAGAAGGGCCUGGUGCCAGUCUUUGUUUGCGCAACGCUGGGUACAACUGGUGUCUGUGCUUUUGACAAUCUCUCAGAACUGGGUCCAAUUUGUGAUGCUGAGGGACUCUGGCUCCAUAUUGAUGCUGCGUAUGCAGGAACAGCAUUUGUAUGUCCUGAAUUCCGAUUGUUCUUGAAUGGAAUCGAAUAUGCAGAUUCCUUUACUUUCAACCCGUCUAAAUGGAUGAUGGUUCAUUUUGACUGCACUGGAUUUUGGGUCAAGGAUAAAUGCAAGUUACAUCAGACCUUCAGUGUUAACCCUCUCUACCUCAGACAUCCGAACUCAGGAGCUGCUGUUGAUUUCAUGCACUGGCAAAUUCCACUGAGUCGUCGAUUUCGUUCUUUGAAGCUGUGGUUUGUGAUUCGUUCAUUUGGAGUGAAAAAGCUUCAAGAUCAUGUCCGACAUGGUACUGAAACAGCCAAGUUCUUUGAAUCCUUGGUUAAAAGUGAUCCACUCUUUGAAAUUCCUGCCAAAAGACAUCUUGGACUGGUUGUAUUUCGAAUAAAGGGUCCCAACUGGCUCACAGAAAAACUCCUGAAAGAAAUAAGCAAUUCUGGCAGGGUCUUCCUUAUUCCAGCAACCAUUCGUGACAAGUUCAUCAUUCGGUUUACUGUAACAUCUCAGUUCACAACCAGGGAAGAUAUUCUGCAAGACUGGAACAUCAUUCAACACGCUGCAGCCCGGAUUGUUAGCCAGAAUUGUGGGUUGCAUUGCAUCAGUUCUGGUGAUGGGCCAGGAAUCCCUAAUACGAUAGUUGAGCCUAGUUCAGAUGCCAUUAGUAAUGCUUCUCAGCUUUCCCCAGAUGGAGGAAAAUACAAAACACCUCCCAGAAAAAUAGUAGUUCAGCCUAAGAAGCUAGCAGCAAGUCCCAGUACGUGUGUGAUUAGUCAAGGGGAUCUUCUAGAUGACUGUUUUCCAGAAGAUGCCCAGGAUGUUACCAAACAUAAGUUAACCUCUUUUUUAUUCAGUUAUUUAUCUGUUCAAGGCAAGAAAAAGACGGCACGUUCCCUUAGCUGCAACAGUGUGCCAGUGACUGGUGGUCUUGAGCCAUGUAACCCCAAAGCAGCAGCCACUGACAAGAAGGAGUCUCAUGAAAAUACCAGAAUUCUUUCCAGGCUGCCUGAAGAGGUGAUGAUGUUCAAAAAAAGUGCCUUCAAAAAACUAAUUAAGUUCUACAGUGUUCCAAGCUUUCCAGAGUGUAGCAUUCAGUGUGGCCUUCAGCUGCCUUGUUGUCCUUUGCAAGCCAUUGUUUAACAAGUGAAAGAGAUUGGUCCUUAAGAUUACUCCAGGCAGAAAGGGAACCAAAGUUUGCUUAUUCAUAUGCAAUACUACAUGUUAUUUUGUUCAAUAUGUAAGCAUCGGCAGUGACCAUUGAGAAAAUCCCUGUGCUUUUACUGGUGGAAACCUCGUGUAUCUAUAGAUUAAAAUGUCAAAUAAAACUUGUAGGCAUAUAAUAAUAAAA